AUGGCUUCUCUGGUACCCUGUGAACUCAGCAGUGUCUUCAAGUUUUAUCUCAAGGGCAUUGGAAGGCUGGAGAAUCUGCCCCAGGUCAUUCUGUCAGAAUCAAGCACUGUGGGUGAAGUACCGUUCUUUGAGACCUGGAUGCAGACCUGUAUGCCUGAGGAGGGCAAGAUCCUGAAUCCUGACCACCCCUGCUUCCGGCCUGACUCCACCAAGGUGGAAUCCCUGGUGGCCCUGCUCAAUAACUCUUCUGAAAUGAAGCUAGUACAGAUGAAAUGGCAGGAGGCCUGUCUCAGCAUCUCAGCUGCCAUCUUGGAGAUUCUGAAUGCCUGGGAGAAUGGAGUCCUGGCUUUUGAGUCCAUCCAGAAAAUCACAGACAACAUCAAGGGCAAGGUGUGUAGCCUGGCAGUGUGUGCUGUUGCUUGGCUCGUGGCCCAUGUUCGUAUGCUAGGCCUGGAUGAACGUGAGAAAUCACUGCAGAUGAUUCGCCAGCUGGUUGGGCCUCUCUACAGUGAGAAUACCCUGCAGUUCUACAAUGAGAGGGUGGUGAUAAUGAGCUCAAUUCUGGAGCACAUGUGCGCUGAUGUUCUACAGCAAACAGCCACUCAGAUCAAAUUCCCAACUACUGGCAUGGAUACAAUGCCUUAUUGGAACCUCCUGCCCCCCAAAAGACCUAUUAAAGAGGUGCUAACUGGCAUCUUUGCAGAAGUUCUGGAGAAGGGCUGGGUUGAUAGCCGGUCCAUCCAUGUCUUUGACACCCUGCUGCAUAUGGGUGGUGUUUACUGGUUCUGCAACAACUUGGUCAAGGAGCUGCUGAAGGAGACUCGAAAGGAGUAUACCCUACGAGCUGUGGAGCUGCUCUAUUCCAUUUUCUGCCUAGACAUGCAGCAAGUCACCCUGAUCUUGCUGGGCCACAUCCUUCCUAAGCUUCUUACAGACUCUGCCAAAUGGCAUAGCCUCAUGGAUCCUCCGGGCACAGCCCUGGCCAAGCUGGCAGUAUGGUGUGCCCUAAGCUCAUACUCUUCUCACAAGGGGCAGGCAUCUUCCCGACAGAAGAAGAGACACCGUGAGGACAUUGAGGACUACAUCAGCCUAUUCCCCCUGGAUGAUACACAGCCUUCAAAGUUGAUGCGACUUCUGAGUUCCAAUGAGGAUGAUGCCAAUGUUCUCUCUAGUCCCACUGACCGGUCCAUGAGCAGUUCUCUGUCAGCCUCUCAGCUACACACAGUCAAUAUGAGGGACCCUCUGAACCGAGUCCUUGCAAACCUGUUCCUGCUCAUCUCCUCCAUCUUGGGGGCCAGGACAGCAGGUCCUCACACCCAGUUUGUGCAGUGGUUCAUGGAGGAGUGUGUGGAUUGCCUGGAGCAGGGCAGCAGAGGCAGCAUCCUGCAGUUCAUGCUUUUCACAACGGUGUCAGAAUUGGUCAAGGUGUCAGCUAUGUCUAGCCCCAAGGUUGUUCUGGCCAUCACAGACCUCAGCCUCCCUCUGGGCCGACGAGUGGCUGCCAAAGCCAUUGCUGCACUCUGA